UCUCAUGUUUGGUGCAGCAUGAUAGGAUGGAGCUUCGAGUUGGUUGCAUCCAUGUGUUCUCCAUUGGGAACGAGGUACCGCACCCUAAUAUUAUCUCACACUGACAUGCACAAAUAGCAGUGGGUCUCCAGAAUUGAUGUUGAGCCCCCGAUCGUUUCUUUGUCGUGAGGAACUGAAUUUGCUUCUUACGAUUUGAGAACGACUUCGACCGAAGGAUAACUGUACGCCCGAGUACGGUGCAAAACAGUUCGCAAGUAUGACCAUCAUGACUGCAACCCUCGUGGCGCUUUUGUUGCUGUAUAUUGUCUCUGCGACUUACGUUGUGAUUUGGCGACUCUACUUUAGCCCUUUGGCAAAAUUUCCGGGUCCAAAGAUUGCUGCCGCCACACUUUUGUAUGAGAUGUACUACGAUAUCGUAGCAGGGGGUCAAUAUACUUUCAAGAUCGGAGAGAUGCAUGAGAAAUACGGGCCGAUCGUCCGAAUCAAUCCAUGGGAAAUUCAUAUUAAUGACCCUGAGUUUUAUGAUGAGAUAUAUGUCGGAGGAUCUAAAAUAAGAGACAAAUGGCCAUAUCUGUGUGGCCAAUUCGGAAUCCCCGAUGCUGUGGUUGCAACAGUUUCCCACAACCUACACCGACUUCGUCGAACGCCCAUGAACAAACUUUUCUCCAAAGCGAGCAUUACGAGACUAGAGCCUCUGAUCGAAUCCACAAUCGAUGGCUUAAUUACACGACUACGCGAAUUUCAAGACACAAACACUGUCGUCACAAUGUCGUUAGCAUGGGGCUGUGUGACGAUGGACAUCAUUUCAGACUACGCAUUCGGGAACAGCUACAACUACGUUCAAACGUCGAAAGGAUUUCAUUCUCAUGUCCAAGCCGGGUUGAAGGGUAUUUCAAAAUGGGGAUUUAUUGUUAAACAAGUCCCUUGGAUCAUGCCUUGGAUGAGCAAACUUCCGCACUCGGUGAUGCGAAGUUUAUUUCCAACAGUUGUUGACGUCCUCAUCUUCCGAGAAGAUAUCCAAGCACAAUGCGAGGCAGCCAUACAUGAACAGAAGGGAGACAAUAAAAGUCUUUCUGGAAGAACAAUCUUCCACGAGAUCCUGUCGAGCGAUUUAUCCCCACAGGAGAAGACUUCCAAUCGGCUCAUGCAAGAAGGCGUUGCACUUAUCGGAGCCGGUACAGAGACGACAGCCUGGAUUUUGUCUGUCAUAACCUACUACGUACUCGCAAACCCCCUCAUAAACGACAAGUUGAAAGAUGAGCUAAAUGCAAUGUCAAAAGAUUGUAGAGGUCAUCCAACUUCAACCCAGCUGGAACAGCUCCCAUAUCUUGGUGGGGUAAUUUCAGAAGGUUUGAGAUUGGGUUUUGGAGUGACGGCACACUUGCAACGAGUAUCCCCGGACCAGGAUCUGAUAUAUGGGGAUUGGGUGAUACCAGCAGCAACUCCCGUCAGCAUGUCAUCCCUUCUUCUGCACUUGAACCCAGAAACCUUCCCGGAACCGCACACUUUCAGGCCAGAGCGCUGGAUCGAGAACCCUCGCUUAUCGAAGUAUCUCGUUAGCUUUACGAAAGGUUCCAGACAAUGUCUGGGUAUCAAUCUGGCCUAUGCAGAAUUGUAUUUAUGUAUUUUCAAGGUGUGGAUGUCCUUUCCAGAUAUGCAUCUGGUUGACACAACCUUAGAAGAUGUUGAACCUGUAGCUGAUUAUUUUAUUCCUGUCGCGAGUGGGAGGGGAGUCAAGGUUUUGAUGGGAUGAGUAUAACUCGAUAUCUGUGUCUUGUGGGUCGCUGGAUAUCGCGGUACAGAUCGAAGCUAAACGGGGGUGUGCCAGCAAACUGUUGUUCUCGCUAUUGUCUUGAGAACUCAAAACAGAUAUUGCUGUUUCACCGUAGCAGAUAAACGAACUUAGCCUUUCCGUGUACACUAUUCGCUGUGUGACAUAUAACGUGGGACAGAAAAAGCACUCGAUGAUGUACACUCUACAUGAGAAGACGCAACGAAUGCUCCCACUGAUUCGAGGAAAGUUAAUUCCGGCUCUCCCCAAACAACACAAAUGUCUACGGCUUCUUACAUGUUCCAAUCACUAGAAUUUGAUUCCGUGACAACACACAGACCGUUCAUCGCCCCCACCAAAGAUACGCGCCAUCUGCCAGACCAUCCUCCGCUACUCACCAACCAGAACAAGCAUUCAGGGACCUCUCAAUACUGCGGGGUACGUAUGUCAAUACACCCCAAGCCCACGUUUCCCCGUAUGUCAAUAUACUCCAAACUGGUAGGGUGCCCUGGCGGCCCUUGAAAGUUCGCUUCCAAUUCGUGGACCCCUUUUCUCCACAGGAUAAUAUACAGGUCUUGGCGUGGCGAGCCGCAGAUCCUAAAGCUUAACCCUAUUUUCCGGCACAUCUUGCAUGGACUAGCGUCGAUGCCGGAAUGCGUGAUCGGGGCAAGCUGACUUGGAACGGGCAGUCCUCGAGCCGGUAUUACGAGAUUGAAUGAGGAGAUGGUGUGAGUUAGUUUUAAUGAAGGGGAUGGAGGAUGGAUGAGUGUGACCUAGAGAAUCACUGCUAGAUGGACACGGAGAAACUCAAUUUCGGACUAUAAUAUUCCAUCUAAUGGUUGAAUGUCUUCUCGAACUUUUCAAAUUGGUCUGUAGAUAUCGGGGGUAUAUUGAGUAUAUAAUAGAGGAUGUUACAUCGUCUGAACUCUUCUCUCAUCCUCAAAAAGUCUUUCAGAU